CUUAAGCACUAACUGUGUUCACGACUAAUCAGUGCCGCCCAGGUAUGAGCUGUACAGUAUGUUAUCUCAGUAAACAACAAGGAAAUGAAACCUGUACGUGUGAAACACAAACUGACAUGGCUCACACUCGCACAUUGUUCGUCUCUUGGAUUUUGAUCCACUGUUUUGAUGAAUCCUGGUCCUGGGAUGCGGUGGUGGUGAAGAGCUCAGUGUUCGCCCACUCCGGGUCAGCAGCUGAGCUCUCCUGCAGCUACAGCACACAUGCUUCACAGGGCUUCACUCUGGAGUGGCGUUAUGCUGCUCCCGGUACUCCAGCCAUACAAGCAAAGAGGGUGUUGUACUACAAUGGGAAACUCUACUGGGUGAACUCUUGGGAGAACAGAAUGGCUUUAGUGCAGAAUCCUCCAGUGUCUGGUGUUGCCUCUGUCAAGAUCCACAGCGUCCAACCCAGUGACAGCGGACUGUAUAUAUGUGACGUUACCAAUCCAAAUGAUUGGUCUGGAAGUGGGCAGGGUCUCAUCAACCUGACUGUGCUGGUGGCUCCAUCGGUGCCUGUAUGUGAGCUAAUUGGCCACACCUACGUGGGGGAAGAUGUCACUCUUACAUGCCACAGCUCCCAGGGGGCUCCUACACCUAUCUAUUCUUGGAACCGAGGAAAAGACACAGCCCCUCUGCCCCCCAACAGCAUUGUAGCAGAUCAGCGUACUGGUUCUCUUCUCUUAUCCAACCUUACUACUGCCUUUACUGGAACAUACACAUGCAGAGCUUCCAAUGAUCUGGGUGAGGCCGCGUGCAGCAUUGCUGUGAAAGUGGCAUACGGCAGCACAGCAGCAGUGGUUGGUGGAGUGCUGAUGGGACUUUUUCUCUUAGUCCUACUCAUUGCCGCAGCCGUUGUUUAUUUCUUCUUCUGCUACAAGAAGAGAGCUCGCAGAGGCACAGAGACCAAACUGAGUAGGAGGAAUGUUGAUUCAUCAGAGAAGCGCCCGUCAGAAGGUCCUCUGCUUUCUGCUCAUUUUGAUGGUGAUCAGCCUCCAGAGCUCAGAGUCUCACACCUCAGCCCACUAGUGUAAAGGUGGACUUUUCAUCCAUGACUGUACAUAGACAAACUGAUUCAAUCAUGUUUUACAUUUUCUACAUUUUCUAAUAUAGUUUGUGUUAUUUUUGAGAAACAUGGUAGCUUUAAAUAUUAAAAAAAAAAAACUCCAAUUUGGCAUUAGAGAAGGUAUGAAACAUACAGGGGUGCCAAAAUCUACGGUAAGAUAUUUAGCCCCUUAUUACUAUGAUACAGGAAACAACUGAAAACUACUCUGAUAAAGCAGCAUUCAGUCCAAAUGUAAAUAAAAUUUGACUGGCGAAAAAAGUUAAUCCACUGAAGGGGAAAGGACGCAGGAGGGAAAAGACGUUGCUUUUGGGGGUAAUUACUUUUGGUUUUGCGCUGACUUUAUCUAGGUGACCUCUAAACUCAUGACCCUCAGCCUUGUGAGGCAAUAUCAAUCAAGUUUUUGGUCGCUAAAAAGAAAUGGAGGAGUUGCUUAUUAUUACAUAGUCACUCCAGACUUUGCUUUGCUGUUUUCUUAUCGUCAUGUGGUGCACAUCUGGAAAGAAAAAAAAACCCCAAAACAAAACAAAACAAAACAAAUAGCUGUUUAAUUUCUUUGCCUGCUAGGCUUCGGGUCUCGACACACCUCAGCUACAUCAUUGUCUUAUGAUAAUUGGUUAUUGUGUGAAUCAUAAACAGGAUUUUUUUUUCACAGAAAAUAUUAUAAAAAAAUAUUAUAGAAAGGUUAGACUUGAACCUGUAUUCUGUGUUCUGAAAGAACAUUAAAAUAGUCACUGAUAAAUUAGAAGAUUAACUUUUCCGUGGCUUAAGUCUAUGGGCUUAAGUCUGUAUAAAUCUUAAAUAGGUGUUAAACAGUGAAACAUUAGAAGAAAUGUUGUAUGUUAAGUCCACAGUAAAAUACACAAAAUUAAAUUCAAAUUCACAAGCUUUAUUUUAAUGU